AUGCACGCAGCGGAGCGCGCGCUGCUGCUGGCCGCGGGGAACAUGUCUCACGCGCUCCUGGAGCUGCACGCGGACAACAGCAGCGGUAACGGAUCGGACCCGUUCGCGCGGAACGAGGAGGUGGCAAAGAUCGAGAUCCUGGUUCUGAGCGUCACGUUCGUGGUGGCGGUGGCGGGAAACGUGAGCGUGCUGCUGGCCAUGCGUCACACCAAGAAGAAGAUGUCGCGCAUGCACCUGUUCAUCCGCCACCUGAGCCUGGCGGACCUGGUGGUCGCGGUGUUCCAGGUGCUGCCGCAGCUCUGUUGGGAGGUCACGUACCGCUUCUCUGGUCCGGACGCGCUGUGCCGCCUGGUGAAGCACGUGCAGGUGAUGGGGAUGUUCGCGUCCACGUACAUGAUGGUGAUGAUGACCGUGGACCGAUACAUCGCCAUCUGUCACCCGCUGAAGACGCUGCAGCAGCCCACGCAGCGCGCCUACAUCAUGAUCGUGUCCACGUGGGUCUGCAGCCUGGUGCUUAGCACUCCGCAGUACUUCAUCUUCUCUCUGAGUGAGAUCCAGAACGGGUCCCAGGUCUACGACUGCUGGGCGCACUUCAUCGAGCCGUGGGGGGCCAGAGCCUACAUCACGUGGAUCACCGUGGGCAUCUUCCUCGUGCCCGUGGCCAUCCUGAUGAUCUGCUACGGCUUCAUCUGCCGCAGCAUCUGGAACAACAUCAAGUACAAGAAGCGCAGAAGCUCCGCGGGAACCGCCGCUAAGAAAGGGCUCAUAGGGAAACACUCCGUGAGCAGCGUCACCACCAUCUCCCGCGCAAAGCUACGAACCGUCAAAAUGACGUUUGUGAUCGUUCUGGCGUAUAUCAUCUGCUGGGCGCCGUUCUUCACGGUCCAGAUGUGGUCUGUGUGGGACAAGAACUUCCAGUGGGACGACUCUGAAAACACCGCCGUGACCCUGUCCGCUCUGCUGGCCAGCCUCAACAGCUGCUGCAACCCCUGGAUCUACAUGAUCUUCAGCGGUCACCUGCUGCAGGACUUUGUGCACUGCUUCUCCUGCUGCGGACGCUUCCGAUCCAACCUGAAGAAAGAGGACUCGGACAGCAGCAUCCGGAGGACCACUCUCCUCACCAAGAUGACCAACCGCAGUCCCACCGACAGCUCCGCCAACUGGAGAGAGCUGGACAGUUCUCCCAAAGUCUCCAUACAAGCAGACUGA